AUAUGGCAAGACUCCAACAUUUGCUGUAUGGUUUCGACACAGGUGGUGUGCCCGCAGUUUCAAGCUUUGAAGAGGCUGCUGCUGCAGCUGCUCCAGCUACUCCAGGUGCCAAGGCGGGUGAACAGAGUGUGAACCUCUCGCAGAACGUGGGGUGUGCGCCUGGAUUUCGCUGCAUGUCUUUGACCAGUGAAUUUGGCAUCGAGCACAAUGGUGAGUACAAACGAGUGCCAACCCCGCAGCUCCCACCGCGCUUUGAUCAACGUCCCGUGUGGGAAUGGGGUUGCCCAGCCAGAGGCACGAUGACAGCCCAGGGCAAGUGCAAACCGCCAAAACCAGGUGAGGAAGCUGACGCAGGCAUGUGCUGGUCCCAGGACUCAAUGAUUGCAGGGCCAAAGACUCCCUGCGGAAGCGAUGGAGACAAGUGCAUGUGUGUGAAGCUAGUGGCCAGUGAUGGGUCCGUGGGUUACGGGAACAAAAGUCGGGAGAUCCUGCCAGAAUACACUGAAGGUGAUUCUGGAGAUUACGGAGGAGUUGAGGUCGUCAUGGGUAACUUCCAAGUGCAGCCCAUGCCGCAUUGCGAUGAUUGCUUGGCUUUGAGCGCACACUGGGAUGAUUGCGGCCAGUGCGCGAACUGCAUCUACGGCACCAAAGUCUUGGAUGGCCGGCCGACUCUGGCCUGUUAUGACAAGAAUUUCCAGCCUCCACAACAGCCUACGCCGACAGAAGAGCCACCUAAGGAUGAUUAUCAAGAAAAAGAUCACAUUCUGCUCAAAGGACAGGAGCCCAUCGAGCAGGACUUAUGGGUGAUCCCGCAAUACCCUUUGUGGGAUCCACAGCCACCGGGAGUCGAGCAAGAAGCGCCAACCAGUGGUCAGAUUUUCCCCUUCCAGAUGAGCACAGAGCCGUUAUCCAACGAGGCAUGGGUGAAAGCUUACAAGGCUGCUGCCCCAAGGAUCCAAUCUUUGAUGGAUGACAUCGCUUCAAAGCUCAAGACCUGGGGUCCCGGAGCACCCCAGACGAAGUGCUCGGGAGCCUUGGAGGAGCGCGUCUUGAAGGCGAACACAGCAAGGCACAUGUGCAAAGACAUGCAGACUUUACAGGCGACCUUGGCUCCAGGGCGCUUGGGUGCCUUUCCGCGCAAGUUGGAGACAGGGCAAAAACUGCGCUGUAUGUCCACCAAGAAGGAUGAGUGUUCAAGACUCAACUGCUAUGGCAAGAGCGAUGACUUCACUCAAGCAGUGGCCGCCAUGAAGAAGCGCGAUGCAGCUUGUAGGCAAGAGAUGCAGGGGAAGACCACCAAAGACUUGAAAAAGGGGAAGCCACAGAAUGCUGCUGGCAGUGCUGCUGGCGGCAUGACUGUUAAAGACUUGAUGAAGGAGGAGGAAGCGCCCUUGGUGCCAGAGGAGCCAAAAGAGGAACCGAAGGCAGUGCAGCAGGCCAUGCCCUUGGUGACAGGUCUUGUGCAGUACUCCCGGCGAAAGGAUCGUCGUCUCGGUGACUUCCUUUGUGACGUCUGGGCGAGGUGAAAAAA